AUGCGAACUAAGUGCUCCGGAGGCGAUCGUUGUACCAAAUGCAUCAAAGACAACGCGGCCUGUGUUUACGGCGACCGGAAACGGGAGCGCAACAAGAAGGAUCUGGCCGAAAGCCUAGACCGUAUCGGCCUGUUGGAGGGCGAGAAUGGCAAAUUGCUGAAGGUCCUCCGUAGGUUAACAGAGCGGCCGGAUUUUCGACCGGAAGAGAAUGCCGACAUUAUGGACAUCUUGGCCAAGGUAUCUCCUCAGGACGAACCAGAAGCCGACUCGAGCAGUCAGUCGCAAUCCCGUACGGCACCUUCUACUACUCAACACGCGUCAUCCACUCGGGGUCCUGCGCGAGCCGGCACGGCGUCCGGUGAGAACAAAGCCGGCUCAAGCGUAGGCUCUCCCGGGAAACAAGGGGAGCUCCCACGCAUAGUCUCUUUAGACAGGGGAGGAGGCGCCUCUGGCUUCGUCGGGAAGAUGUCGGAGAUUUCUUGGAUCCAACGUGCAUUCGAGACCGUCCGUGGAUAUCGCGAUGACAAUCCUGGUCGUGUCCAUGCGGCAGAAAUGGAUGUAAACAUCGCUACAACCACAGACUUUAUCUAUUUUAUGGAUGACACCAACGUCCUGGCUGUCGACGAGGACUACGUGGAUCAGUACCACUGGCCCGCCAAAGAAAGCGUGGUACUCCUGUCCGAGGCUUUCUUUCACGCCAUGCAAGGCGCGUUCCAGUUCGUCCUCCGAGAGCAGUUCCUGCAGCAGGCAUAUCAGUUUUCGGCCACGGGACAACAUCUGUCAUGGUCCACGAGGCGUUGGCUGGCGUUAGCCAACCUGGUGUGGGCAAUCGGGUCCAAAUGGUUGCAGAUCACGAAGUUGAGUGAGCCAAACUCGAAUGAGGACCAUCUCAUCUACUAUGCCAGGGCUCGCGCUCUAGGUCUCGAUCACAGGGUAAUGUUCGACCAUCCUGAUAUCGAACGCGUUCAAGGCAUCGGCUUGCUGUCGUUCUACCUCCUCAUCAAUGGGUCCAUCACACGGGCCUGGAAUACUUUGGGCCACGGCACUCGCCACGCUACGGCUUUGGGUCUCCACCUCAGAGUGACAGACGAAAGUGUCAGUGAAUUGGAAAGGGCCCGGCGUGCGCGAACGUGGUACUCCCUGUAUAGCCUGGAGAUAUUGAUCGCCGAGAUGACGGGGCGUCCCAAAUCCAUCUUCCUGCUCGACGUGACGAUACCGAUCGACUUAUUCUGGUCGGUUCCCCAAGAGAUUCUUGAAUUCUCGGGACAAGUCGACGACUUCUUGUCUCCAGAUGGGUCCAGAAAGAUCUGGCUUGAGUACCUGCACGCCGGCCGCAAUAUAUCCCAAAUGACCGGUGGCAUGGUGCCCUGGAAAAGCUUUGCCUCGGUGGGACGCGAAGUGCCCACUUCGUACUUGCCCCAACGACUGUACCUCUGCCGCCUGAGCGACAGAGUGGCCUCGCAGAUGUACAGCGGCACCUCGGGAGAUUCGUGGUCCGAGAUACAAAACAAGAUAAGCAGUCUGCAGUCCGAGCUGAGAGAGUGGGCCGAGAACCUUCCCGAAGAGCUGGCUAUCCAGGGGCAUAAGCAUGUCGAUACGGAUCCGAGGACGAAGAUCGAACUGGGCAUGUACUACCACAGCGUAGAGAUGAUUCUCAACCGGCCCUGUCUGUGCGAAAUCAAUAUCAAGGACGAAUCCACCCGCUCGCAGGAGUUCAACCGCAGCGCUGCGCGAGCGUGCGUGCAUGCGGCCAUGUCGAUGCUGGCGCUCAUGCCGGACUAUCCCACCGCGCAUGAAGCAAAUCAACUUCUUCCGUGGUGGAGUCUUCUGCAUUUCGUGGCGCAAGCGACGGCGGUGUUGAUGCUCGAACUCGCCCUGGAUGCGCAGCACUGCCGCGAUGAGAUUCCGCAGUUGGCCACGUACUUGCGCAAGGCCAUGGGCUACCUGUGGUGCCUGACCGAAGGGUCACUGUCGGCGUAUCGGGCGUGGAGAAUCUUCCGCCAGCUGUUGACCGAGGUCUCGCAGCGGUACGAGGAAUUGGAUUUGACGGACAUUCCUACGGACGCGCAGCCUCCGCGCACUUGGAACGAAGAGUAUGAAGAAGCUACGAGGAAUGCCGUCUCCAGAAGCCGAAGUAGAGAAUAUCCGUUUCCCGCGGAAAGAUAA